GCUCAGCAUAAAUACCUGUCUCCUCUCACCCACAGCCACAGACCUCCAGCUCUGCCCAGCAGACACCAGCAGGAUGAAGCUGCUCACCAGUCUGUUCUUCUGCUCCCUGCUCCUGGGAGUCUGCAAUGGAGGCUGGUCGUUUAUCCGUGAGGCUUUCGAAGGGGCUGGGGACAUGUGGCGAGCCUACUCUGACAUGAGGGAGGCUAACUGGAAAAACUCAGACAAGUACUUCCAUGCUCGGGGGAACUACGAUGCUGCCCAAAGGGGUCCUGGGGGAGCCUGGGCUGCCGAGAAAAUCAGCAUGAUGAGGCUUGUCACCAUCAUUGUCCUCUGCUCUUUGUUCCUGGGGGUCAGUGGUAGUGGCUGGUAUUCAUUCUUCAGGGAAGCCGUACAAGGGACUUGGGACUUGUGGAGAGCCUAUCGGGACAACCUAGAAGCUAAUUACCAAAAUUCAGACCAAUACUUCUACGCUCGUGGGAACUUCGAGGCCCAACAAAGGGGCUCUGGGGGCAUCUGGGCUGCUAAAAUAAUCAGCACUGGCAGGAAAUACUUCCAGGGCCUCCUCAACCGGUAUUACUUUGGAAUCAGGGACCACGGGUUGGAAAGCCUGCAGUCUGCCCAGAAAGCCGAGGAAUGGGGCCGCAGUGGCAAAGACCCUAAUCACUUCAGACCCAAGGGCCUGCCUGAGAAGUUCUGAG